GCAAAUUCCGCUCGGAUAAAGAAAGAGGCAAAAUCGCCACAGCACUAAUGCAACAUCCGAGGUCGGAUUUAUAGGCUAAAUAAUGUAGCCCAUGUGCCAUGCGAACAUACAGUUACUUCAUUUCGACAUAUUUAAAUCAAGCAGGAAAGUUUACAAAAGCUAAACAGCGGAGGAGCUCAACAAGAGCUCUUUCUGCAGACAGAGACACACAAGGGGGGCGGGAGGAGGAUGAAUUCAUGAAUUAAAUAGUACUGAGGCGCUGAAAGUACGUAUUUACAUCAACAAUGAAAGACAGGACUGAGACGAGAGGAGAAAGUUGUCAGAGAGAGCUGCAAACAAAACUUCUUGAGUAGUUCCACUCAAAACAAGACAAGAGACCGAGGAGGAUAGAGAGAGAGAGAGAGAGGGAGAUAGACAUAAUUAGUCGGUAACAUUUGACUCUGACUGACUAACUUAUUGCUAUCGAGCCUAUUAUAUAUAGCCUAGGCUAUUUUUUUUUAACUUGAGCGAUUUUGUAUAGCCUAUUUGCACAAAUAUUUAGAUGCAUAGACUAUAUUUGUUUUGAAUUAGUAGUGUUUCAUAUGAGUGAUGAACAUUAUGAGAACUGCGCGGUUUGUCACUCUUCUGGAGCGGAUGAUGUUGACCAAGACGCAAGGAACGCGCUUCUCUGCGUCCUGAACACUUUCACAACUUUCGCCUCGGAUUGUCUCCUGAAACUGGAAAACAGCAUCGACUGCUGUAAAUCACAAAGAGAGAGAGAGAGGGAGAGAGCUCUGGAUUCAAGUCCUCAGUGAAAAGUUAUGACCUCUGCCACGCCCCCUUCUUCCCGUAGCUCCUCCCCACAGAAGGUCUGCCACUCCCAGACACAGACAGAUGUUCUAAAGCCACUCCUAGGUGGAGGAGGCGGGACUUCGACAGAAAACGGACCUGCCGCAUUGAGACGCCGUCGACGGGUGCUAUCUAAAGAUGGGCGGAGCAAUGUACGUAUCGAACACAUUAGCGGUCGAGGGAAGCUUUACCUGCGUGACAUUUGGACGACCUUCCUGGACAUGCAGUGGCGUUACAAGCUUUUUCUGUUUUCUGCCACCUUCGCUGGCACCUGGUUUGUUUUUGGUGUGCUGUGGUACUUAGUGGCACUUGUGCAUGGAGAUUUGCUAGAGUUCGACCCUCCGUCCAACCACACACCAUGUGUGAUGCAGGUCCAAACCCUGACGGGAGCAUUCCUUUUCUCCCUGGAAUCACAAACUACGAUUGGUUAUGGCUUUCGCUGCAUCACUGAGGAAUGUCCUCUUGCUAUCAUUCUGCUUAUUGUCCAACUUGUCAUCACCAUGCUGAUGGAGAGCUUCAUCACUGGAACCUUCCUUGCCAAGGUAGCACGGCCGAAAAAACGUGGUGAGACGGUGAAGUUCAGUCAACAUGCUGUGGUCGCCAAUCAUGAGGGCCGACCUUGUCUUAUGAUCCGUGUCGCUAACAUGCGUAAGAGUCUCCUUUUAGGCUGCCAGGUAACAGGUAAGCUGCUGCAGACGGCACUGACUAAAGAGGGUGAGACAGUGCGUCUGGACCAAAGGAAUGUAGCCUUCCAAGUGGACACAUCCAGUGAGAGCCCCUUCCUCAUCUUGCCCCUCACUUACUUCCAUGUGAUUGAUGACGACAGCCCAAUGCGGGCAUGGGCUGCCAAAGGUGGUGGGUGGACGGAUCCAGAGCUGGCUGACUUUGAGCUGCUUGUGAUCAUGAGUGCUACCGUGGAGCCGACCUCGGCCACCUGCCAAGUUCGCACCUCCUACCUGCCCGACGAGAUCCUGUGGGGCUAUGAGUUUCCACCUGUCGUCUCCCUCUCCCCCUCUGGAAAGUAUGUAGCUGAUUUUACCUUCUUUGACAAGGUUGCCAAGACCAAGACCAUGCCCCUUUUCAAACAAGCCCCGCCUCCAAACACCCAGUCACCACAACAUCAAGGCAGUGGUGGUGGAGACCAACGGGCGGAUGUGGAGAAGAAACGAUUGGAGGAGAGUUACCGGGAGGAAAGGGGGCGUGGCCGAGAACAGCUUAGCGUCCGCAUUAGUAACGUCUAGAGAGUGUAAUACAAAUGAAUGAAUGGGGGGAUCAGAUGGAGAUAAAUUGCUUGAGUACUUGUUUGAUUCAGUGUUCGCCAGCUAUUUUGAUGCCACUGAGCUAACCUGUUAUUCAAGGUAGCGUGCCAUUAGAGUUUGCUAGCACUGAAAUGUACUGGCAUACAAGCAUGAAAUAGAGAAGAUAAGACAGUGAGUAUGUUUGGAAUAGCACACUAACAUACUACACCUGCUGUUUCUGCAGUAUAUAGUACGUAUAUACUGUGCAUAGCAUGCACGUUGUCAGUAUGAACAGAACACAUAACGAUCUACUAUGGGAAAAUGAUUGGAAAAGCAUGCCUUCUCCUACAUAUUUGCAAAACUCCUAAAAUAUACUUUUACACAUACAAUUCACUGCAGUUUCUGUUCACAGUAAAGAACCAACAACUUAUAUUCCUUUUCAAACUAAUUAUGAUUACAAGGACAGAAUAUUGAUGGUUAAAAGCCUAUUUUCAUAUGGUAACUUGAAAUAUAUAUAUGUUAAGAGCUAAUAAGUAAUACAUUUUUAAUGUUUGCUCAUAAUCACAGUCAGGUCCCUAAUGUGGUUUUCCUGCCAUAAUAAACUUGCUGGAUAGCUCACCCGGUGCAAUGCGAUGCAAAGCGCUGCAGUCUUCUGAAAUACGAGUCAUGAUAAAAGAGCUCAAAGGCUUGUAGAAGCAAGAAAAAAUGCCAUAAUUUCCUCGGCAAAUGUAUUUUAUGUCACAUUUUCUUUUGUUAACAUUAUUGGUUGCAUUUAAGCCUGGAUUUAAUGUAGAUGAUGUUAUUUUCAAACACUCACCGGACAUUCAUUUGUGAAUUAUACA